UAAGCAUCAGAUCAUCCCAAAUGACACUCCCACAUCUUUUUGGACUCAACGCAAAUACUUUAGACCGAAUUUAAGGGAACUGAAAGAUCCGAGUGACUGUUGUGGUAUCGUCGGGGGGUAAAAGGAGCCAAUUCAUGAUGAAUCUUCCAACUUUUUCACUGAUGGUUGUACUUCUUGCGACAGCUUCGACUAAACCAGUUGAUGACAACUGGCUGCAGGAUGCUGCCAUCACCGAAAAUAACCAGAAACAAGAAUCACUUGCUCGGGACAACUGGAGUCUUUCUUCUGAGUCCGCUCGCUCACAUGACUCGGGGAAGUCCAGAGACGUCUCUGAAAGUGAAUCCGCUGAGGAGUCCAUUGAACUGCCGUCCGCGGAGCCACUGGCAGAAUUUUUCGAGGAGUCAUCCGAAGAAUCCUCUGAGGAGGCACCUGAAAAGUUUUCCGAGGGGUCCGCCAAGCAUUUCUCUGAGGAAUCUUCUGAGGAGUCGUCAGAGGAAUCCUCUGAGGAGUCUUCCGAAGAGUCCUCAGAGGAAUCCUCUGAGGAGUCUUCCGAAGAGUCUUCUGAAGAGUCUUCUGAGGAGUCCUCCGAGGAGUCCUCCGAGGAAGUUCCCGUCACAGAUCCCAUGAUGACAACCACAGAAGACACAAAUACAUCCACUCCCAAACCUGCCACCACAAUCUCAAAUGAGCAAGACACAACCACACCUGCUGGAGAUGUGACUGUAAGCAGUGGCCUUUCCACAGAGUCUCACAUCACCGAAAGACGCGGAGACAACUAACACAGUGACCGCGAACCUAAAAUAUAUUUCAAAAGGUGAUGAUUGUGGGCUAAAAGUUGAUUAGACUCAUUGUUAUCCGGAUCCAUUUUUUAAAAUUUGUUUCUGAUCAAACAUGUUGUAGCUGCAAUGAAAUCAGGAAACGAAUGCUCAUAUUGCUUAAUAUUGUAUAUAUUUGAAGACAUUUAUUAAUAACUGUUCUAAUGGAUGAAAUGUACUGUUUUCAAACGUACCAUCGGGUGUACAUACCAUACCUCUAAAAUCCCACAAAUAAAUGUUAUGUUUCACAAGAGUGAAAAAAAA